UAUUCUUGAGAAAUUUAAUUAGUUUAAUCGAAAAUGAUGGAAGAAAGUGAAAUCACACAACCACUGAAAGAGUUGUGUGGUAUUAGCUUGCACGUAUAUUUACGCAACAGUUAGAGCGUGUUUGCGAUGGAGCAGACAGUUUUAUAGUGGUAGAUACCACUUUAAAAAUUUUUUUAUAUUUUUAUAAAACUUUUAAACAGAUUUAUCUGCAACUAUCAGUAUUCUGAAAUUCGAUUUUGUAAUUAAAAUAAUGGGUUUAUUUGUGAUGCAAAAUUUCCAUGGAAUAAUUCUGUUUAUAUGGAUUGUAUCUAUUCUAACCUUAUCUAAGAGUGAUGUGGUUAAAACAGAUGGUACUGCACCUUUGACAUCUGCAUUAAAUGCAACUUCUGUCCACACACUUCCAAAAAAUGAAUAUCAGACAUUACCCUCAUCAGUUAAUUCAACAUCUGCAUCCGUUGUUCCUACAAAAACAUCGAACUUUCAGAAAAAUGUUGCUACUCCUUCAGUUGCUGGAGAAGGUGGUCCAAUUUCAAUACCUUCUACUACACAAGACAUGACUUCUUUCCAUUCACCAAAUGUUUCUAAAGAAGAAAAUACUCAGAAUACAGAAAAUAGAAAGAAUACCAAAAUUGUGUCAAGAAAGGGAGCAAACGAAAUGCUAAAUUCAAAACAAGAAAAUGUUGCUGACGUUAAAGUAACAACGUUUAAUGAUACAAAGCUAAUAUCUGAAUCUUCUUCAGCAGCAAGUAUUCCUCAUAAUAAUGAAAAACCUAUUGAUCUUAAUACAAACGCUUUAAAAUUGAAUACUACUACUCUAAAUAAUACUUUAAAUGCUGCAAACAUAACGCAAGAAAUGUUAUCAAAAAGUACUACUGUAACAGCGUCUUCGGUUCAAGAACAUCGACCAAAACCAACGGCUACAGUAGUAGGACCUAACAGUGAUAAACGAGCAUUUAUAUCGCAUACGAAAGGUUUGCAUUUAGGAAUGUCGAAGAAAAUUAAUUAUGUUUUUCCAGUUAUUGUUACUCUCAUAGCUCUGCCGAUAUUAGGUGCUAUUAUUUUCAUGAUAUAUAAACAAGGUAGGGAUUGUUGGGACAAAAGACAUUACCGGAGGAUGGAUUUUCUUAUCGAUGGAAUGUACAAUGAUUAAUAUUUAUCAAAUCAUUUAUAAAGUCAGCUCGCAACAGUGCUUUUCUAUACUCAGUAUAAAAUGUACACUAAGUAAUCAAGCUUCAAUCAUAUAUAUCAAAGCAUUUACACAAAGAAUUAUAAAUCUUUUUGUUCUGCCGUAACUUGCUCCGUAUAUAUUUUUACUAUAUUACU